CUGCGAACGGAUAUGUUGUCGUCGGCGCCGUUUCGUUCAUCGCUUUUCGUUUGCCACGACGAUAAAACGAUCGAGUCCGGCAGGAACGCGCAAAUUUUCGCCGCGGAUGUAAAUUUUCGGGACUAUCGUCUGGCAACGUUUCGCCUGACGCGGUUCCUCGACGAUGAUGAAAACGCGCGAUCUUUGACGAUAGAUCCUUGAGUUUCAAAGAGACGAUUCCCGAAACAGAAGACAGUGAUUUCCGGUUUAACGUGCCGCAACCACGUGUGAUUUGACAGCGAACGCUUCUCUUCGCAAAUAAUUAACUCGCGAAUCAUUGAUAUUUUUGCGUGAUCGAGAAGAUCCGCGAUCGAGAUCGAGAGCGCGCGACGCGACGCGCCAGUCGCGGGUUCUUCGUUGCACUGAACGAGACCGAAAGUUUUUCACCGAAAGAGUGAAAGAGGAAAAAGCAUUGGCAAUCGCAUUCGUGCGCUUAUGACCGUGAUUCGCGUCCGCCGCAUUGUCCCCGAUCUCUUUAUUCCACGUUCUUUAUUCUUCCCGCGACGCGUCCGCUUAUCGCAACUCCGCUAGCGAUAAACCGAGGGCUUACGACUGACCCGUGUACUGCACUGGAUGCGCGCAAUAAACGCGUCGUUUAUCUCGAGCGCAUUAACGCAGUUCGCGUAGUGCGCUACUCGCCGCUCGCGUCGACGGUGGACAGAGGCUGGCGCGCGGAAGAAGACGGUGAUCGAUACGGUCGAUCUUCGCGACCGCGGCCGUCGCGUCGGAUCGAAUAACCGGCGCGGCGUGGACGGCUCGAUCGAGCGUUCGCGUUGGAUUUCCACGAAGGCACACCGUUCGGACGCUGUAACCGGAGCUGAAAGCCACACCAAUUCCGAAAGGGGCAGAGUUACAGAGCGGAGAAACAGCAGUAUCGCGACGUCGAUUUGUUCGACAACAACGACCGCUCGCGAUAUCGCGUGGACGCCGUUCGUGGUUUCUCGAGAUCGACGAUCUUCAUCGACGAUCCGGCGCUCUCAAAAAUCCCGAAGGCGAUACAGGUGUAAAAAAUUAUAAUUGAACAUUAUAAGUGAUCGUCUCGCGGAGAACUCGAUUUGACGACGUUAUUGGCGAAACGGGAAAUAAACAGUGACGGCUCUUCCCGGCAAUUAUUAGUCGUCGAGAGAUCCGCGACGGGAUGCACCCCUGGGCCGGAAGAAGGUGCGCUAAUUAACUGCGACGUCGGUCUAGUGUCAUCUCGCCGAAUGUUCACAAUUUUACCAAGUGCGACGCUGUGUGUGCUGUCAACGUGGACUUGGCAAUCGAGCCAGCAAAAGCCUUAAACGUUGCCUUUCAUCGGUAUAGUCAUCUCAAAGUGAUCUGUUCGUCCAUGACAUGCAUAUUGAUGGCGUAUGAGACGCUACCGUACGGUGGGCGGAACGAACGCGAGGACGAAAUAAAUCAUCGACAAGUGCGUGCCCGUGGGAUGCAUUACGCGCAUUACCUCGAGAGGAUCUCCGUCGUCGUGGCAGGGUCGAUCGGGCGAAAUAAUGCGAUCGAAACGCAUCAGGAAAGCGGCGCUGUUCAGAUUGCUCAGAUACAGACAGUGCGCCAGGUGCCGGAAGAUAACUUAGCGUACCCGAGAGUAUUCGGGGCGAUAGGUCGACGGGGAUAAAGAGAAUAGGGGAGCGCACAUACAUACGAGAGCACAUGAGACUGAUCGCCGCUGCGGCAAUGAUCGACGAGCGUAAUUUCACUUCGCUGGCUGUGAUUUUUACUCCUAGACUCCCGACUCCAGAGGCUUGACGCGUGGAAAUCGCUAAGACUGAUCAAGGUAGACUGCUCAGUGACUUCGCCGAAGAACACGUAAGCCUGGAAAUCUGGAAACAUCGUUCUACGACGAAUCAACACACGAAGGGAACGUGGUUGCCCUCAAGAGUUCAAGGACCACUGUAAACAUCGAGCUUCUUCAAGUCUUCUAGUCCUGCCGUCGAGUGAAUCGAUCGGCCAGUCAUAAAGUCUUCGGUUAUUAAUAUAUCUGGUAGCGCGAAGCGUGAGAAGAUUGUGGUGUUCUGUGAAAACUGCAAGGAUCACAGUGUCCGUUAAUCGUUUUGAGUACCAUGACGUUUAAGUGUUAACCGCGGAAGAAAACUUUGAUCCCGUUAUAUGACGGCUCGAGAUGCCUCGCGCGUCUUAUCGAGUUCGCACCACCCGUCGUCGUCACCGUACCGGAUAUCCUCUGGAGUCUUUCGACAGGAUCGCACGGGCGUACCCGAGGACCGCGAGAGUUAAUUAAAAUGCGAGAGUUGAACGACACCGCAUGCACUGCUUUAUACGAGGGCGUCGAGUGGUCAAGCCUGUGGAACGUGAUUGCCCUAAUCGUCCUGGCGAUCGUCGAUGUCAUGGUGGUGGUGGGUAACGUCCUGGUCAUUCUGGCCGUCUAUUGUACCAGCAAGCUGAGGAACGUGACGAAUAUAUUCAUCGUGAGCCUGGCGGUCGCCGAUCUGUUGGUCGGCGUCGCUGUCCUGCCGUUCAGCGCGACCUGGGAGGUUUACAAGGUCUGGAUAUACGGAAAUAUCUGGUGCUCCAUGUGGCUGGCGGUCGACGUUUGGAUGUGCACGGCGUCGAUAUUGAAUUUAUGCGCCAUCAGCUUGGAUAGGUACUUGGCGGUGACCAGGCCAGUCAGUUAUCCUCAGCUUAUGUCGACAAAGAGGGCUAGAUUGCUGGUGGCCACCGUUUGGGUUUCGAGCUUCGUUAUCUGUUUUCCGCCUUUAGUCGGCUGGAAGGACAAACGGUCGCAUACUACGUUCAAUGAUACGUAUCCCUCGUACGGCCCGUCCAACACUACCACUAUACUUGUACCGAUGAAGCCGUGCCCAUGGAUCUGCGAGCUGACCAACGACGCCGGCUACGUCGUUUACAGCGCCCUGGGCUCCUUCUACAUACCGAUGCUAGUGAUGAUGUUUUUUUAUUGGCGGAUCUACAACGCCGCGGUUUCCACGACGAGGGCCAUUAAUCAAGGUUUUCGCACAACAAAAGCCUCGAAAAUGUUUGGCACCAGGUUCGACGAACAAAGACUGACCUUACGAAUACACCGUGGCCGCGGUAGCGUCCACAACGGCAGCAACAACGGCAACUCGAGAAGUCCGGACUCGAGCAGCCGCAGCUCCGUUAAGCGGGAGAAGUUCAAGAUCUCGGUCUCCUAUCCCAGCACCGAGACUCUCAACACGAAGUGCAACACCCUCAACAGAACGCCGUCGAGAUGCUCGCAAAUCUCGGUUCAUUACAGCAACGGGCAGACGCAGACGCAGCUUUGUCCGGCCUCGCAAAACACGCAUCUUAAGGUGGGUGGUGUCAAUAGGGUCGGCAGCAGCAAAAGACCGAGCAGGCGGAGCAGCUGCGAGAGUCAGAUGACCGGCGACGAGUUGUCGCUGCGCGAGAUGACGACGAGCAACGAGGAGAAGCCGCGAGUGAUGAAGCUGGGCAAGAGAAACAUAAAAGCCCAAGUGAAGAGAUUUCGCAUGGAGACGAAGGCGGCGAAGACCCUGGGCAUCAUCGUCGGCGGCUUCAUUAUGUGCUGGCUGCCUUUUUUCACCAUGUAUCUGGUGCGCGCGUUCUAUCCGAAUCACAUCCAUCCAACCGUCUUCAGCGUGCUGUUCUGGCUAGGAUACUGCAAUUCCGCGAUAAAUCCGUGUAUCUACGCCCUCUUCAGCAAGGACUUCCGCUUCGCUUUCAAGAGAAUCAUCUGCUGCAGGUGCUCCUGCAUACAACGCGCCAACACCCUGCGACGUGGCAGUGACGGCAGCCAAUUGGCAAUGAGGAACGAACGAAGCCCGAGUUACUCGAUCCGCGUGGCACAGCACGGCACCUCCAUCGACGACUCGGAUCCGGAUCCGUCGUUGGAGGCGACCCACUCGCAGAGCGAGUCCAGAUGAUUGUAGCGACAUGUCCGUUCCGGCACGCAGCGCGUCACCUUCAAUCCCCGAUCCUCCAAAGCGAGGAUAUUCUCUUUCUGAUGAUGGCGUGAUGGCGCUCCGAAAGCCGCGCUCGACACACGGCCAUCACGUCAUGACGACGACGAGUCGCCGCCGCCCGCGCGCGGCCUCCUCGACGCUUGGUGUGCCAACGUAAAUCGGUUCCGCCGUUCUGCCAGACUAAACGUUGCGUCAGCAUUUCGCGUAAAUCAGACACCCCGGUGAAGCUGGGAAAUGCGCCCGGACUUUAUCUGCGUAUCUCGCCGCGAAUGCACGAAAUCGGUAGGCGAGUUAACAGACAGGUAACGAGCGACGCGCGAGUCAGACGAACCGAAUAACGUACCACUCGCUCAGCCUGUCUAGUUUAUUACUUUUUGUCGUUGAAAAGAAAAACCCGAUGCUUGGCUGGUCCAUGUAAUCUCGCUACAACGGCGACUUUACUUCGACGCCAGGUCAACAGAGAAUGUAAAAAGCUCCGGGUAGUUUCUUCAGCGAGGCAACAAAUAAUUUGAUGCUUGGUCUGCUUCCUCGCUAAAUCGCGCGAUCUCGCUGUAACGAGUUUAUAAGCCAGCGGAGGGGUAAGUCAAGUAGCGGAUUGCUCUCUCUCCUCGCUUUUCUGUCAUCUACUAGAGACUAAAAGAAAAAAAAGAAGGAAAAAGAAAACGCAAACUAGGUACUGUGCGAUUUGCCUUCGCGCUGUAAUUGCGGCGAGGUCGACGGAAACAGAGGACCAGGUGGAGCUUCGCGAUGCGCGUCUACUCGGAAUUGAAUUCUAGCGCGACAGACCUGGAACGCGGGCGCUUCAUCCGCGCGAGAAGCGUGAGAAAAAGAGAAGACGAGAGAAAUUCGACUUUUCUUCGCGAGAAUAAUCAUCGCGGCGCUUCGCUUCGAUUCGUACAUUCGGGCUACACGAGGAGCUUCCCACGGUUUGUCCUUCGUAAAAGGACCGUCUUCUUGCGUCCGGUAGACGCAGUAAGUCACAGCUAGUUUUAAUAUACGUUACGUGUGUCCCACGCAGAUCACGAUCGAUCAGAGAGAAUAAUUGAUCGUUCAUUAGAUCUGGAAUAAUCUCCGAUAAUCUCCGAUAAUUUCGCAUAAUGUGUACGCAAGUCGGUGUGCCUUCUUUCGUCAUCUCGCAGUAGAGAGUACACCGUUUUUCGCGACGAGAGAAAAUUACCCGCUCUCCGUUCUUCCACACGGAUACGCGCGAGCGCGCGCAUAUACACGCACACACAUACACAGAGCCGUUUUGCAAUGUUAUUUAUUCGUUCCGAUAUACGAUACGAUACUCGCGCAAGCGAAUUACACGUGUAGUUUCUAGUCCCUAUAAGCCCUUUCCCGGUUUCGAACGGACGAUCGGAUCGACCGAUCAACCAACUCGCUGCCGAUCGCCCUCAAUCGUCUGUGUGUGCGUUGCGCCACGCAUUUCGUCUUACGUCGCCGUCAAAGAUUUGCGCUUUGAAGACUUGAGAAUCAUCGCGGGUCGUUCUCAAGCUGGGAAAGAAAGCAGGAGUUGGACAAUCGCCUCGCGUCCGAUCGGGAACGAGCGUCCGACAGGCGCGCAGACGUAAAAACGAGCGACGCAGACCUCCUAUGUACAUAUCGAUAUCUAUGUGUACGCAACAACACGCUAAGUAUGUCGUUAUAUCUUCUAUAUGAACCGAUGUUCGCGUGCACGCUCGCAUAAAUCGGCGUUUCUCCUCCCCCUCCCGCACUCUUCAUCUUCCGUAUUUUUUCAUUCGAGCGAUUCUCGAAUGCAUUCGAAAUGCAUCUGGAAUAAGGUCGCGCAAUUCUUCGAUGGCAUUGAUCCGUGCGUUUUUUUUAUCCCGCACGUAUUAUCGAUUUGCAAAACAUUCGAAUCACAUCGUCAUCGCCGCGCGAGCAUGGCACAUGUAUUACUUUGUACAAUGGGUCAAUGUCGGUGCGGAUACCGCCCGGGCGACGCUACAUCUCAUUUUUGCAGAAUUUCCCGAUUCAUCUUCCUCAGAUCGCCGUCAUAGUUUUUCGCAACUGUAAUUCGACGGGGGCGGCGAGACGACCGAUCGAUUUAAAGAAAAAAAAUGCGUGAUUUAUGUAUUAUGUGAUAUAUCGUAUAAAUAAGUAAGCAAACGGAUGGAAAUAAAUAUGUGAGUACGUAUAAACA